AUGAUGACUACCAUUUCGAAUAAUGAACAUUGGAAUAAUAUUUCAGUCAAUCAAUCGUUUGAUAUUGAUGAUUUAUUCUCUUCAUCUUUUAAUUUUAUUCAUCAAAAUGAAUAUGAUAAUGAUUUUAUAUCAAUAAAAAAUGAUAAUAAAGAAAUAGUAUUAUCAUUUGAAGAUAAUCAAGAAUACUCACAAAUAUUACCAAAUAAUAAUUCAAUACAAGAAUCUCAACUAUUAAAUCUCGAAUGUCGUGUUUGUGGUGCUUCAGCUCAAGGUUAUAAUUUUGAUCAAAUCACUUGUAACUCAUGUAAAGCAUUUUUUCGUCGAAAUGCAUUACGAGAUAUGGUAAUAAUCUAUUAGUUAAAAUUGAAUAAUUAAUCUAGAAUAGUAUAAAAUAUUUCAAAGUACAUAGGAAAGAAAAUUUGUAAUUAUCUUUUCUUCCUAUCAAAAUGAUUCAUCAUAUGUCACCAUUCGAUAAUUUAUCAUACGUUUCCCGUCUUCACCGUUAAAAGCUUUACGUAAGAUUCUAGAAAACACUGCAAGCUAUCUCUAGUGAAUAUUCUGAAUUCAAGGUAUCCGUAUACUGUGUCAGUUCUCAGCAGGAUAUCCUAUGACAUAUUGAUAACAGAGUAUCCUGUUGAGAAUAGACGUGUUUCAUUCCAAAGCUGGUCUAGCCUAACUUUUUCUGGUCUUGACCAAAUGUAACGCUAUUUGGAACUUAAGUAUUUCAGACCACGCUCUUUCUUUUAUCUAGCGAGAAUUUUUCUUCAAAGUGCUUGAAAGUAGAUUUUCUAGAAAACCUUGGUUUUUGGGCCAAUGGUCGCAGAAUUUUUUCUGAUCGAGUUAUAUCAAUUUUAGUGAAGGGCAAAAUCUUCUGAGGAAAAACGGCUUUUGUCCUUCACUAAAAUUGAUGUAACUCGACCAAAAAAUGUUGCAGAGAGCUCGGAGACAUCGCAUUUUGUGGAUAAUUGGUUGUUUUAUCAUUAUAGGCUGUUAAAACAGCAAAACUUCCGCGACCAUUGGUCUAAAAACCAAGAUUUUAUGGAAAACCUACUUUCGAGCAUUUUAGACUAAAGAAAGAGCGUGGUUUGAAACACUUAAGCUCCAGAUAACGUCAAAAUCAGAUGGACCCUUAUUGUGUUAGGUUUCUGAUGGAACACGCCUAUUGUCUCUGUACGUAACAUCGAGAGAAAAACAGCGGACUUCAAGAGACUUCAGCAUGACAUCUGAUGCAAGAGUCAUGAGAAAAAUGUGGACUCCUAUGUCUUUUCAAUAGAAAUUUACUGAAAGAAAAAUUUUUUCCUUUUUUCGAAUCAUAUAAAACAUAUUUUUUAUCAUCUGUUCAUGAACGAAAUUAUAUUACAGGAUAGACAAGCACUCUUAAAACAAACACGAAAUUUUUCCGAGAUUCAACAAAAACAGACGAAAUAUUGAUCCCUGUAUAUCUUUUUUGAUAAACACGUUCUGAAAAGAAUAUUUUUUCAUUAGUCGAUAGAAAAUUUCCCCCUCUUUCGAACAUUAUAUCAUUUAUAUUUUUCAUGGAUUCGUAAAUAAAAUGAGAAACGUUCGCACAAUAAAUCUGUGAUGUUUCGAUCAGCUCAUAUAACAAUCGCAAAUUUAUUGCAUGAAUGUUUCUCUUUUUCUCUCCUUAUUUGAAUUAAGAGUAUAUGACAAAUAUAAAUGAUAUAAUGCUUGAAAGAGAAGAAAAUUCUUAUUGACUGAUGAAAAAAUACUUCUUUCAGAAAUUGUCUAUUUAAAGAAGUAUAAUGGUUCAUAUAUUGUGUUGUAAUUUAUAGGAAAAAAGUGCAGACUCAUUUUGAGGAUACCUCUCUUGGGGUUUUCCAUCGUUUUGUUUAUGGACAUGCGAUAAAAAUAAGUUAUACAUGCUUUGAAAGAGGGAAAAAUUCUGUCUAUUUUCUUUCAGUAUCCUUCUAUUGAAGAGAUAUAUCAGUCG